GGCCGAAGGCUGUGGUGGGGGCCACGACGGCGCUAUCGGAGCCACCUCGCAUUAAGCUGCGGCGCUCAGGGGCCCGUGCCGGCGGCCAGGAGCAGCCCGGGGACUGUAGCAUGGAGUUGGAGGCCGUCUUGAAGGAGCGAGCCGCAGCGGCUGGAGACCCCGGUCGGGUGCUGGGAACCUGGGUCCGGCGUGGCUGGUCAGGCUCUAGCGCUGACACCGAGCUGAGUGCUGGAGUGGGAGCCCCCUUAGCCUACGAGGCAUCAAGUGGCCGCCCCCGGGAAGUGGGGGCCAGGAGUAACGAACCAGAGUAUGAGGCGCUGCCGGAGGGUUCUGCUGUCACCACGCACAUGCUGGCCGGAGCCGUGGCUGGGAUUAUGGAGCACUGCCUCAUGUACCCUGUGGACUGUGUCAAGACCCGAAUGCAGAGUCUGCAGCCCGAUCCCGCUGCCCGCUAUCGCAACGUGAUGGAGGCCUUGUGGAAAAUAAUGCGCACUGAAGGCAUCUGGAGGCCGAUAAGAGGAAUGAAUGUUACAGCGACCGGGGCAGGCCCUGCUCACGCCCUGUAUUUUGCCUGCUACGAAAAACUUAAAAAGACAUUGAGUGACGUAAUCCGCCCGGGGGGCAAUAGCCAUAUCGCUAAUGGAGCUGCCGGGUGUGUUGCGACUCUGUUACAUGACGCCGCCAUGAAUCCAGCUGAAGUGAUCAAGCAAAGGAUGCAGAUGUACAAUUCCCCGUACCGGCGAGUGACUGACUGUAUGAGGGCGGUGUGGCGGAAUGAGGGACCUGGUGCCUUUUACAGAAGCUACACAACCCAACUGACUAUGAAUAUACCUUUCCAGGCCAUCCAUUUUAUGGCCUAUGAAUUCCUGCAAGAGCACCUAAAUCCUCACAGACAAUAUAACCCGACUUCGCAUAUGGUCUCCGGCGCGUGCGCGGGAGCGGUGGCUGCUGCGGUCACAACACCGCUGGACGUGUGCAAGACCCUGCUCAACACGCAGGAAUCCGUGGCCUUGAACGCCUCUAACAUGAGCGGACACAUCACGGGCAUGGCUAAUGCCUUCAGGACGGUGUACCAAGUAGGCGGUGUCACUGCCUACUUCCGAGGUGUUCAGGCUAGGAUUAUCUAUCAGAUGCCCUCCACAGCCAUAUCGUGGUCUGUGUACGAGUUCUUCAAAUACAUCAUCACCAAACGACAGGCGGAAAGGAGGGCAGGGCAUUGAAGCCCUACACCACAUCGAGCCCUGCCGAGAAGCUCCAGACACAGUUAAUGAUCUGUUCCCAGCUGAAUUUGUUUUUUAAUGUAUGUGUUCUUAACAUGAGAUGGACUCUCAAGCCUCCAUUGUCCCAAUGCAACAGGCAAUACAAGACAGCGAUGAUACUGUAGUUAUCAACUGUAAUGCGCUGUCUUGCUGUUUUAGCUCCACUUACCAUAAAGAGACAGUUCUGUUUAAUGAACCACACUCCAAAGCCACGUAUAGUUUGGUGGAUUUGUUUCUCUGAAUACAGUUCUGGAAACACAGCCUUUUGUAGAAUGUAUCUGUUUCGUGGCAGUGCUCACAGUAGUUACAGUUUAAGACGUAUUUAGUGAUAAAAUAACGUAACAGUUGUCCUGUAUAGCGACAGCACUUAACACUCAGUGGGACAGGUUCUUUGUCAUUAAUGGGACAUAUGGUUCCGUAAUGCAGCUUUUCCACCUUACUAGCAAAAGCUGGAUUAUUUAGUGAUUUAAUUUUGUCUGGAGUUUAAUGCCAUCUCUGUGCUGUAUUUCUUGUGCCUCUGUAUCAAAAGAUGUCUGCUACAGCACUUCUCAAAAGGGGUGAGUGGAAAGAGGCACUUCCCAAAUUGUUGCAUUCACCUUUGGGUUCUAAUGACAGCGUUCAUACCAAAGUCUGUCGACUUUCCUAAAACAUCAAAACUACUAGUCACUAAGGCCGUUGUCAGCACGCACAUAUUACUUAGCACUUACGCCGCCUUCUUGGUGGCUGGAGUCAUAUUUGUAUCUUAAAAUUUGGGGAGGGAAAUAUAUAUAAAUAUGUAUAUUUUUUGGGAUACCCUAUCAAAUUACGUAAGGCUUGGCUACAUGCCUUCUCCUUGUCGCUUUUUGGAACUCAAAAUGAAACCGAGAGAGAUCACAAACGUAUGCUGCUAAACUAUAGACACUUAAUAGUAGAGACUUGGGGAGCGAGGGGGGGGUGUACUUCUGUUGGGAGUUUUUAUCAGCAGAUCUGCUGAUAACUUAUCGCAACUCCCCUUGGUGCAUUCCUUAACUAUCUCAAGAGUACAGAGUUGAGAACAGUAAAUGGACUAGGUGAUUUAUUUAUUAUUUUUAUAGUGGGCUAGAGGAAGGGUUCAGGCAAAUACUGUGAACGAGCAUGUGAUGCACGUAGAGGUUUUAAGUUCUGCCAAGUGACUGUGGUUGCCCUUUAGCUUUUAUAUUUGCCUUUACAUUAGUCUUAAUUGGCGACUGGUCCAAUAUGCAUCAGAUGGAUCAACACCAAGUCUUUACAUUACUGAUUAAAAAAAAAAGAAAAAAAAAGCAGUAAACCCACCUUCUACCCAUAGCUGUGUUUUACCAUACAGAAUAAGUCAUCCAAGGUGCCGGACUGAUGGGUAAUGGCUUCUGCAUUGGGCUUUAUUUACUCGUACAACUACUCUUUUCUUUUAGAAAGUUCUGUAUGAUGUGUGUUAUCAACACCCCUUUGACCAAGCUGAGGCUCAUGGUACAGUUUGGAUCCUCCUUAUAACACAAUCAUUUUUUCUUUGUUUUAACAGUCCAUAUACUGAUUCUGACACUAAUAGCUGAGGCUGUUGCUUUUCUGUGACCAUCAAAUUCCAAAUAUUUCUCUCCGUUUUCAGUGUGUUGCCCCUUGUUUCAAGGAUAAUGUGGCAAGAAUAAAAUUUUGGGAAGUGACUCUAA